UCCAAUGGCUGAAAAUCAACAAAGUGACUCGGUAACCGGUGCCUCUCACUGCGCACGAUAGCUUGUGGAUUCAAUUUAACCUAUCGUCUUCCAGGUGUGCGCAUUAACUCUCUCCAGUUGAAGCUACCCGCCAGUUCAAAAGCAGCAACAUCGUCUCUCCAGAACUCAAAUCUUUAAUUUUCAAUUCAAUUUGAUAGGUCUCUUGUAUCUACAAUAUCAUUUAUCUACUAUGGAAAUAAUGUCCGGAUUAACAGAUGUAGUGAAAGAAACUUCUGAAAGUGGCAUGGAUUCAUGCCCAGACGAUAUUGGAACUGUGGAGGAAGUGCCAGAGGACACAAUUUUGUCACGGCAAACUUCUGUUAACCUUGUCCCUUUUAUUGGCCAGAGAUUUGUUUCCCAAGAUGCUGCAUAUGAAUUUUAUUGCAGUUUUGCAAAGCAAUGUGGCUUUUCAAUCAGACGCCACCGCACUCGAGGAAAAGAUGGUGUAGGUAGGGGAAUCACAAGAAGGGAUUUCACAUGCCAUCGUGGUGGCUAUCCUCAGAUAAAAGCUUCGGAUGAUGGAAAGCUGCAAAGAAAUCGAAAAUCAUCUCGAUGUGGAUGCCAAGCAUACAUGCGAAUAGUUAAAAGAGCUGAUUUUGAUGUUCCUGAAUGGCGUAUAACUGGUUUUAACAACUUCCACAACCAUGAACUUCUGAAAUCAAAUGAAGUACAGCUACUUCCUGCUUAUUGCACCAUGUCUGCAGAUGAAAAAAGUCGGAUUUGCAUGUAUGCAAAAGCUGGCAUGUCAGUUCGACAAAUGUUGAGGUUAAUGGAACUAGAGAAGGGUGUUAAACUUGGCUGCUUACCAUUCACAGAAAUAGAUGUCAGAAACCUGUUACAAUCUUUUAGGAAUGUUAAUCGAGAUAAUGAUGCUAUUGACCUUCUUGAAAUGUGCAAAUACAAGAAGGACAAUGAUCCCAACUUCAAGUACAACUUCCACAUUGAUGCAAAUAAACGCUUGGAGCAAAUUGCUUGGUCAUAUGCUUCAUCUAUUCAAUCAUAUGAGGCCUUUGGAGAUUCCAUAAUUUUUGACACAACACACCGUUUGGAUACCUAUGACAUGAUUCUAGGGAUUUGGAUUGGGGUGGACAAUCAUGGAACUAAUUGUUUCUUUGGUUGUGUGCUCCUGCGGGAUGAAAAUACAGAGUCUUUUUCCUGGGCAUUGAAGACGUUCUUGGAGUUCAUGGAUGGAAAGGCCCCAGAAACUAUAUUAACUGAUCAAAAUAUGUGGCUUAAAGAAGCCAUUUCUGUUGAAAUGCCAGGGACCAAGCAUGCCUUUUGCAUAUGGCAUAUCAUUGCAAAGUUCUCUGAUUGGUUUUCUGUUCCUCUUGGAUCACAGUAUGAUAAAUGGAAGGCUGAAUUCCACCGGCUUUAUGGUUUGCAGUCAGUGGAGGAUUUUGAAAUUGGAUGGAGAAACAUGGUUGAUGCAUAUGGAAUGCAUGGAAAUAAGCACAUCAUCAGUUUAUUUGCAUUGCGCACGUUUUGGGCACUGCCAUACUUGAGGUGCUACUUUUUUGCUGGAAUGACCAGUACAUUUCAGUCAGAGUCCAUAAAUGCUUAUAUCCAGCGGGUUUUGAAUGCUCAGUCCCUUGAUAACUUUGUGGAGCAGGUAGCUGCUGCUGUUGAAUUCAAGGAACCAGGACCAAGACAAAAGAUGCAAAGAAAGGUUCAUAAAAUCUCCCUUAAAAUGGGAUCUCCAAUUGAAUCUCAUGCUGCAACUGUUCUAACACCUUAUGCCUUUAAUAAACUACAAGAAGAGCUUGUGUUGGCUCCACAAUAUGCAUCACUAAUGGUGGAUGAGAGUUAUUUCAUCGUGAGAAUCCAUACUGAUAUGGAUGGAGGGUGCAAAGUUAUUUGGAUUCCUCAUGAUGAAUUCAUUAGCUGUAGCUGCCAUUUGUUUGAGUUUUCAGGAAUUCUUUGUAGACAUGUUCUCCGUGUUCUAUCAACAAACAACUGCUUUCACAUUCCGGAUCGAUAUCUACCUGUUCGUUGGCGUGAUGUCAGUACUUCUUUGACCAAGCCCUUCCAGACUUUUACUUCAGAAGAACAUGCAGAAAAGGUUCAGUUAUUACAGUCCAUGGUUUCGACACUUCUUACAGAAUCAAUAGAGACAGAAGAACGUCUUGAUGUUGCUUGUGAUCAAGUUGCUGAGGUGUUAUCUCGUAUCAAGGAAUUUCCUAGGCCAGGACAUGGUUGUAAUGAUAUUGGCUAUAAUAGUCCAUCUGACUCAUUGAUACUUCCAGAGGUUGAAGAUUCUGAUGGAUUUGUCCAUGGUUUUGCUGAUGGAAAUUCUCAUGAACCUUUAACUUUGGGAAAGAUGAAAGAGAGAAGACUAAGAGACGGCAUUAAUAUCUUCAGGAAACGUAGGCGUUGCUCUGUGCCUUGCUGUGGACAGUAUGGACAUGAUGCAACUGAUUGUCCAAUGAUGGAAGGUGGUGAUUUGAAUGGAGAUGGACUAGGAUUUCUGUAGGUAAGUUUCUGGAGAUUGAUAGAUGCGUGAAGUAAUAGUAGUAGGCAGCCCUAUGCUGUCAGAUUAACACCAGCAGUUCAUAAUUUUUCCUGCAAAUUUUGUUCCGCUUCUUCUGUAUAGAGAACUAGUUAGCAUUCUAUCAAAUAUUAGAAAAAUCGAGAAGCCUAUUAUUGUCA